GUCCCUCCGCGCGGCCCGUUCCGCCUCGGCUCCCGCUGCCUUUAGGCUGACGUGUCGGCAGUUCUUCGGCGGCUUGGCGAGUAGGGCCGUGAUGGCGGACGCCUGGGAGGAGAUCAGGCGGUUGGCGGCUGACUUCCAGCGGGCGCAGUUCGCCGAGGCCACACAGAGGUUGUCAGAGCGGAACUGCAUUGAGAUUGUGAAUAAAUUGAUUGCUCAAAAACAGCUAGAAGUAGUUCACACACUUGACGGGAAGGAAUAUAUUACACCAGCUCAAAUUAGUAAAGAAAUGAGAGAUGAGCUACAUGUCCGAGGUGGUCGAGUAAACAUUGUUGAUCUGCAACAGGUAAUUAAUGUGGAUCUGACUCAUAUUGAAAGUAGAAUUGGUGACAUUAUAAAAUCAGAAAAACAUGUUCAGCUAGUAUUGGGACAACUGAUAGAUGAAAACUAUUUGGAUCGGUUAGCAGAAGAGGUAAAUGAUAAAUUGCAAGAAAGUGGUCAGGUCACCAUAUCAGAGCUGUGUAAAACUUAUGAUCUUCCUGGAAACUUUCUGACACAGGCACUAACUCAGCGACUAGGUAGAAUUAUUAAUGGACACAUUGAUCUUGAUAACAGAGGAGUAAUAUUUACUGAAGCUUUUGUAGCUCGACAUAAAGCACGCAUCCGUGGACUGUUCAGUGCUAUUACCCGGCCCACAGCAGUGAAUUCUCUCAUUUCAAAAUAUGGAUUUCAGGAACAGCUGCUUUACUCUGUGCUUGAGGAACUCGUUAAUAGUGGACGUUUACGAGGCACUGUGGUUGGUGGGAGGCAGGAUAAGGCGGUGUUUGUCCCUGACAUUUACUCCAGAACACAGAGUACUUGGGUGGAUUCCUUUUUCAGGCAGAAUGGCUAUCUAGAAUUUGAUGCUUUGUCCAGACUUGGAAUCCCAGAUGCCGUGAGCUACAUAAAGAAAAGAUAUAAGACUACACAACUCUUGUUUUUGAAAGCAGCUUGUGUUGGUCAAGGACUUGUGGAUCAGGUGGAAGCAUCAGUAGAGGAAGCCAUCAGCUCUGGAACAUGGGUUGAUAUUGCACCUCUGUUACCCAGUUCUUUAUCAGUUGAAGAUGCUGCGAUGUUGCUUCAACAGGUGAUGAGAGCAUUCAGCAAGCAAGCUUCAGCUAUAGUCUUUAGUGACACUGUUGUGGUCAGCGAAAAAUUCAUAAAUAAUUGCACAGAACUCUUUGGUGAACUAAUGCACCAGAAAGCUGAAAAGGAAAUGAAAAAUAAUCCUGUUCAUUUAAUCACUGAAGAAGAUCUGAAACAAGUCUCCAUUUUAGAAAGUAUUAGUACAAGUAAAAAGGAUAAAAAAGAUGAACGAAGGAGAAAAGCAACAGAGGGCAGUGGAAGUGUGAGAGGAGGCGGUGGCGGCAAUGCCAGAGAAUACAAAAUUAAAAAAAUCAAGAAGAAAGGAAGAAAAGAAGAGGAGAGUGAUGAUGAGUCAUCUCACACUGGAAAGAAGAAGCCAGAGAUCACUUUUAUGUUCCAAGAUGAGAUUGAAGAUGUUUUAAGAAAGCACAUACAAGAUGCCCCUGAGGAAUUUAUUUCUGAACUUGCUGAGUACUUAAUAAAACCUCUUAAUAAAACUUACCUCGAGGUGGUACGUUCAGUGUUCAUGUCUUCAACUUCCUCCGCCUCUGGAACUGGUAGAAAGCGCACAAUCAAGGACUUGCAAGAAGAGGUUUCAAACCUAUACAAUAAUAUUCGGCUAUUUGAAAAGGGGGUGAAGUGCUUUACAGAUGAUACACAGGCCGCUCUUACAAAGCACUUGCUGAAGACAGUAUGCACUGAUAUCACUAACCUCAUUUUCAACUUCUUAGCUUCGGACUUAAUGAUGGCAGUAGACGAUCCUGCAGCCAUCACAAGUGAAGUAAGAAAAAAAAUUUUAAGUAAAUUAUCAGAAGAAACCAAAGUAGCUCUCACAAAACUCCAUAGCUCUCUGAAUGAAAAGAGCAUAGAAGACUUUCUUUCUUGUCUGGAUUCUGCAGCAGAAGCUUGUGAUAUUAUGGUGAAAAGGGGAGACAAAAAAAGGGAAAGGCAGAUACUAUUCCAGCACCGACAAGCACUGGCUGAACAGCUGAAAGUCACAGAAGACCCUGCUCUUAUCCUGCACCUCACAGCAGUCCUUCUGUUUCAGUUCUCAACCCACAGCAUGCUCCAUGCACCCGGAAGAUGUGUCCCACAGAUCAUUGCUUUUCUUAAUACUAAAAUUCCAGAGGAUCAGCAUACGCUUCUGGUAAAGUAUCAGGGUUUAGUUGUAAAGCAUUUAGUUAGUCAAAAUAAGAAGAUUGGACAGGGAGAUGAUCCCUUGAGUGAUGAAUUAGACAGAGAACAAGAAGAUACCACCAAUACUACUCGUAAAGAGCUUCAAGAACUUUCUUCAGCCAUUAAAGACCUUGUUCUCAAGUCCAGGAAAUCAUCUGUGACAGAAGAGUAAUGAUCUUAACUUACUUUUGUCAUAUAGUAAACAUUUUUCCCAAAGUUUAAACUUUGGGUGGGUGGUUACCAAAAAAUACUCACUUCACAAGCCUCGGUUCUCUCCAAUAACACACCCCCCCCCACACACACACACAAUUCAGUUUAAACAGUAGUGUUGCAUUCAGUGUAAAUCUUAGAAAAAUGUGAAACUUUUGUAAAUUGGGUUCAACCAUGGAAGACUUGUUUUCACAUUAUAAUUCUAAAAAUUACCAUUUCAGGUUAUUUUCAGAUGCUGAAUGAAGAAUAAAUUUUAUGAAAUCUUUCUUCUCUAGAAAAGGACUCAUUCAUUGUGUUGUUAGAUUUCAGGUGACAUUAUUGCAUUUAUAUACAUAUUAGGCAGAAACUUAAAAUAUGGUCAUGGUUUUUUUAAAAAGGGAAAGAAAACCCUUUGGUGUCGAAAAUA